UGUUAGGGAGAUGCAGAGAGCUACAGGCCAGGCAAACAUAAUCCUCUGUGAGGAGAAGGUGUUAAUGGGCUGUUGCUCAAAUUCAAAAAUCUACCUGGUGUAUGUUUCUCUGGAUGGUUGCAAACAAGAGUUUGCAGAGACAUUUUCUGAGCAGGAGGGUGCUGAGGAGAUGUUUCAAAGAGCUCUGAUCUUCUUCUUAUCAGGUUACACCUGCUGCCUUGCUAAAAGACACUUUCCCUUUCCCCAGCCCAGCUCCACUGGUCACCUGGAGGGAGGGGUGUGUUUCUGUCAGUACGUCUCUCAGCAGCUGAGUGCAGAUCAGUGGGAAUAGCAGUGUCCACAUGUGUGUCUCUAUCAUCUGAUAAAAACUUGCCCAGUCAACACAAACCAUUUGGACUAAUGAGUCACUGAGAGCCAUUAAAGGCACAGUUACUUUAUGUAUUUUAGAAGCCCCUUGGACAUCAGAACAGAUGCUGUCCCUUUAAAAAAUCUAAAGCAGAACAGUGAGGAUGUGUUUCAUUCUGUUUCCUCAAUUUACUUUCCAUUCUUGCUCACAGUGCGAUCACUCUUCAUUUUAUUUGCUUGAGUUUACUCUAUCAUAAACAGUUUCUUUUUUUAGAUAAUGGAUCCAAUGAAUUCACUUGAGACUGCAGACACUCAGUCACAGCCUGCUGUCCCACUGUCUCCCUUAGUAUGUGUUCCUCCCACCCUGAGAGAUGGUGAGUGUUACCAUGUCUUCAUCAGCUACAGCAGCACUGACUACCAGUGGACCCACUCCCUCAUCAACCAGCUGGAGUCCUGCGGCCUGCAGGUGUGCUACCAUGAGCGUGACUUCACUCCCGGCCGCACCGUGUUGGAAAACAUGUCCGACUGCAUCCAGGAGAGCCAGAAGGUGCUGCUGGUUCUCAGCCCAGAGUUUGUGAGGAGCCGCUGGUGUCUCCUGGAGGCCAACAUGUCUCUGUUCAGAGACUGUCUGGAGAGGAAACCCAUGGUCCCAGUGCUGCUGGAGCCAGGAGUCUCUGUUCCUCUCCACCUCUGCCACCUCACCUACCUGGAGGCCAGCGACCCCGACUUUAAGAAUAAGCUGCUCAAGGUGCUCUGCACCCCCAACCAGCAGCUUCAAGGGUCCACUGUGAUGCCCUUCCAGCCUCCCUCUAUCUACAAUGGGAAGGCCCUGCAGCCUCUGACUGCUGUCAAUGAGGAGAGACUCAACAAAUGGGACUGUGGUCAGUUCAGUGACAUGGAGGUGCCAGAUCAACUGCGUCUGAUCAUCGAGGACCAAGAGAAAUACAGAGAGGCUGUGAGGAUUAUCAACACUGUCUCUCAUAAUAAAGUGUGGUUGCACCCACUCUGGCUUAGAGUACUGAUCUACAUUGCAGGUGUAACAUUUUUUUUACUUUUGGUAGUAUAUUUUAUAUAUAUGACAGCUUUAUUUACUUUGUUCCACGAUUUCCAAGUCAGAUACACUACAGGACAAUGCGUGUUCAUUAUUGCUAGUUUCUUCUGUGUUCCAAUUGGGUUGAUUAUUCACAUUGGUCUCUGGAUGAAUGAUGAUGAGAAGUACAUCAUGAGAGAAAUGCAGAGAGCUAUAGGCCAGGCAAACAUAACCCUCUGUGAGGAGAAGGUGUUAAUGGGCUGUUGCUCAAAUUCAAAAAUCUACCUGGUGUAUGUUUCUCUGGACGGUUGCAAACAAGAGUUUGCAGAGACAUUUUCUGAGCAGGAGGGUGCUGAGGAGAUGUUUCAAAGAGCUCUGAUCUUCUUCUCAUCAGGUUACACCUGCUGCCUUGCUAAAAGACACUUUCCCUUUCCCCAGCCCAGCUCCACUGGUCACCUGGAGGGAGGGGUGUGUUUCUGUCAGUAUGUCUCUCAGCAGCUGAGUGCAGAUCAGUGGGAAUAGAAGUGUUCAGGUUUGGCUUUAGUAUCUGAUGUUUGAUAAAACAUGAAAAUUCUCGACUGAUCCAGCCACUGAGAGCCAUUUAAAGGCAGUUACUUUAUUCAUGAGAACGAAGAAGAACGCUGUCAUUUUGGAAACCUGAAGCAGAAAAGUGAGAGUGUUUUUUUCUUUGUUUCCUGACUUGUUCGUGCACCCAGUGCAAUCACUCUUCAUUAUAUUUGCUUGAUUUUACUGUAUCAUGAACAGGUAAGAAGGUACAUUACAGUGUACUGUUUGUUGUCCUAUUAGUGUGAUUAUAGUUUUCAUUUCAUUCAGUCCGCACUGAUGUGCAGCCAUGCCAAUAAACCUACUUUGCCGUGGUUUUAAGAGCAGAACAAAGUAAAAUAAACUACCAUGUUGGGCGAUAUUGAAAAGACAUGUUAAUUUAGAAUAGCCCUGGUGGCAGUGUCUUUCUAGUCUAUGGUGCUUAGCAUUGUUAUUAAUGCUCCUCAUUGGUUCUGGGGCACCGCUCGACAACUGUGUUAGUCCCCCCGCAGUGCUCCUUGGUCAUUUAUUAUUUCAGCGCAGAAACAGCUGUUACAUGUUGCAUUGCCAGACAAAUCAGUCAACUGUAACUUGUCGGAGUGAGAGAAUACAAAGGUCUAGACCCAGGCAAGUUCGCUGCUAUAUUAAUGCUCUGAAUGUCGCAUACAGAACCAUUUGGAUUAAAUGACAUCCUGCAUCUCAGAACAAACCACUACUGUUUUAGGAUGUUUUCACACUUGGUCCUUUUCAGCCCUCUAAACAGACUCAGAGUGGUGACUCAGCAUUUUUUGCACAUAUGUGAACACUCCAAGAGAACUCAGAUCAACUCAGGAGACGGUCUGAGUUUGGUUCUCUUCAAGUCCCCGGUGCAGUUCACUUAACCUGGGCCUUGUGAACACAGAGCGCUCCAGGGUCGCUUUGCUCUUUGCCAUUAUAUUUAGCCGUCUAGAUCACAUGAUAUUGCACUGGGACGCUUGAAAUGUACAUGUACCAUGUACACCUGUAACACUUGCAAGGACGCAGGAUGAGGAGUAGUUUGGUCCACGGAAGAUACUGCACGUCUCCAGAUGUGGAAUGUAGAAUGCAUCAAGUGGCAACAGUCUACAGCACAGAAACCCUAACUGGGGAUUCCCACCAAAAGCUUCAUGGUCGCUCUGACAUCGCUCACACUGCCAGCUCCAGCAGGCGCUCGCAGCAGCCAAAGGGGCGGGGCCGGGCGCUGCAGAUGUGUCCAUCUAGGCUGACCGGCUGUGCACUUUACAAGGAUGAACAAAUAUACUAUCAUUUAUGUCUUCACUAUGUAUUAUUCAUGACUUUCAUUACAAAAUUAAAAUAACGCUA